GACCUGCCUGAGUGGUUAUUAACCUCGUACACUUAUUAGUUCAGCGGCAGUACCGCCAGCGCCAUUUAAUUACUCGAAAGUCGUUUGCGCGCGCUAGUACAAUGCGCGUUGGUUUACUGUGUAGGCCCAUUGCGGGUCAAAAACCGCAUUGAUUGGACCAUUGCAUCGCAAUAUUCCGGCCGUAGCGUGGGCCCUCUGUCGCUGUUUGUGGGUUGAUUUCUUCCUUAGCUUCGCCAAUAUAUAUUUCUAGAUAAUUCCAGGGAAGCCAAGUGCGUCGGUUAGGAUUACGUGUUUAUACCCUGUGGGAGUACGAGUAGGAAGAGAAAGGGAUCACCGUUGGACCGAGCUGACACGGGUAGCGUAUAAAAGGGUUGCGCGCCACCAGUUGACCAGACUCACCUUCGUAACGACGGCAAGAGAUCAAGCACUUUGAUAACAGAAAUCAAGCAAUAUUCAACAUGGCGUCCAGGGCACUCCUCAUACUCCUCGCCGUUGCCAUGGUAUUCUCGUUAGCAACCGCCUUCUACGAGCUCGACGACGAUCUGGAUUUUGAAGCUUUGGAGCAAGAGAUGGAGAAACGGGACAACGAUAGAUACGAAGAACUCAUGGAGAUGGACAAAAGGUCGUUCCCAAGAUGCCGCCAUUGGCUGACGAACGUCCUGUGCCGAUGUGACAACAAGUACGGGAAGUUCGAAGAGGAGAGAUACUACUGCAUGUCUCGUCAAAGAGGUUACAAGGGCAGCGUUCCUUUCAGAUAGUGUCAACGUCUGUUUCCUCGCAACGCAGUCGAAACACCUUCUGAUGGUUGCAGUCAAGUUGUGUGUAAUUUUAACUUUUAACAUUAUUGGUAUUCGUGUUUUAAGUCUGUUUUAUUGUUCAACAAGCAGCAAUUUGCUGCCAGUAACAUAAUUCCGUGUGUAACCUGUCACCACAAAAGUAGCUUAAAGUCCGAAAUUGUAAUUUCAAAAACAGCGGGGCAAAGCCAAAAUUGAAAGUGGUGUCGAUUUGUGGUUUACAGAUGAAAAUCAAUUCAGUGUAGUACAAAAGCGGGAUUUUUUAAAUGCCAUUUUCUCCAAAAAUACUUUUAAAACUUCAAAUUAGUUGGCAGUUUAUAUUACACUACUGAACUCAGUACCCCUUAAUGUUGUUUUUAUUAUUAGAAAGCUCUUGUUUUGCAGCAUCGAGAAAUAUACAUAUCUUCAAAAGUCCAGCUUUGUGGUCACUUUGUGGCAGCAGUCACACAUUUGUAACGUUUGAUGUAAUUAAUUCUGCAAGAUAUUGAAUUGAAACUGAAUUGAAAGCCAUUUUAAAGUAUGUGCCCCGUGAACCAAUGUGUAUGUUUAUUAUUUGCUCUGAUAUACGAACAAUCUAAUCGGCCGAAUGAGGGCGCAUUAAUAAUAUUAUGGAGAUAUAACUCUAAGAAUGUUGACACGCGUGGAAAGUCUACUCUAAUUUUGAAGAAGCUGAUUGGAAAAUAAAACUAUAAGGCUAACUAAAAGAUCAAAAUAGAAUCGUCAGUUCUUACAUCGCAAUUAGCCUAUUUGAGAUAUGGCCGACAGCAGAUGGCGCUAUUUGGUUUUGGUAAGUACAAAAAGACUGUCUAUGAAAAGACUUUACCCAAAUCAACAGCGCCCUCCUAUUAUGUCGGCCAUACCUGCUGAACAACGACAGUUUGUCAAGUCAGUGCUGGGCCCUAUUUGACAUUUUGCAACAGCGCCCUCAACACCGUCGACUUCGUUGGUGGUUCAAGAAUAAUUAUUUUUUGAUGCUUUGUUGUCGAAAACGAGUAGAAAUUCUCUAAACUUCAGCUUCAUAUUAUUGGAUAUUAUUGUUUACAUGAAUAAAAUAUUAUACCAAUAAUGAGUCAGAGUCUUCUAAUCCGGUGACCUUGAAGAAAUCUCCCGAAGGUGGAGACGAGGCUAUAGGUCUCGAUAAACCCUUCGCACUUUCUACUGCAUUCUUAGUGUUUGUAGUUGUCGAAAGUAGUCAAUCACAAGUCCAUCAUAAGUUCAAUCACAAGUAAUUCAUGAGCCAUUCACGAAAAUGCAAGUCAAGUCACAAAACACACUGGAUGCAUGAUGACCAGUAACAAAUAAAGGAAUGCCUUUGUCAAAGCUCAUUUGAAUAGCUUGUGAGUUGAAUUUGGAUUGAAGGACUUGUGAUGGACGUGCGGGACUUGUAAUGGACUGGACUACAUUCUUGUCGAAAGAAGAAAUACCGACGUACAGCAGAGUAGUACAACUUGAGUAACAAUCCGUAUUAAUAAUUAUGAAAGUUUGAAAUAUUUUUUUUCUUUUAUUAUAUUCCGUCACACUCUGUUGUUAUUUAUGUCGUUUCGAUAUGGUACAUUUUUUUGACAGUUUGAAAGCCUCUAACAGCUGGAAAAUGCAGUCAUUUUGUGAUUCAUUACCUAUGCUACAAAACCACAUUGGAAUGCACUACAUGUAUUUGUUUGCGACUGGGUCUCAUUCGUCUCUGUUGGGUUACUAUUUACGUGUAGCUUUUUAUAUCACCGAUCACUAAUUUUGAAAUAAUAAACUGUGGAAUGAAA